AUGGCGACGACAGCCUUGACCGGGUUCUCCAUGAUGAGCCUGCUCAGCCUCGGGUACCUGAGCUGGGACAGGAUGAGUCCGAACCAGGUGGAGAACGAGCCGCCGGUCCACACUUUUGGAGAGGACGCUCCAGUGUCGCAGCCUCCUCACAUCAUCUUCAUCAUGACGGACGACCAGGGAUUCAACGACAUAGGCUAUCACAGCUCUGACAUCAAGACGCCGGCGCUGGAUAAACUGGCUGCAUUUGGAGUAAAACUGGAGAAUUAUUACAUCCAACCCAUUUGCACCCCAUCCAGGAGCCAGUUCAUCACAGGCAGGUACCAAAUUCACACUGGCUUGCAGCACUCCAUCAUCCGGCCCCGCCAACCCAACUGCCUGCCCUUUGACCAGGUGACUCUUCCCCAGAGGCUGCAGGAGCUUGGCUAUGCCACCCACAUGGUGGGCAAGUGGCACUUGGGUUUCUAUAAGAAGGAGUGCUUGCCCACUCGCCGUGGCUUCGAUUCAUACUUUGGCUCCUUAACGGGCAGUGUGAACUACUACACCUAUGACUCCUGUGACGGCCCAGGAAUGUGUGGCUUUGACCUCCAUGAAGGGGAGAGCGUAGCCUGGAGUCAGAGAGGCAAAUACUCCACUCAUCUGUACGCUCAGAGAGUUCGCAAGAUCCUGGCAACCCAUGAUCCGCAGUCUCAGCCGCUGUUCAUCUUCCUCUCCUUCCAGGCUGUUCAUACGCCCCUGCAGUCCCCACGGGAGUACAUCUAUCCAUACCGGGAACUGGGCAACGUGGCACGCAGGAAAUAUGCUGCUAUGGUCUCAGCUGUAGACGAGGCAGUUCGUAAUAUAACAUAUGCACUUCGAAAGUAUGGCUACUAUCAGAACAGUGUCAUCAUCUUCUCCACUGACAACGGUGGCCAGCCUUUGUCAGGUGGCAAUAACUGGCCUUUAAGAGGACGGAAAGGCACCUACUGGGAGGGAGGCAUCAGAGGUUUGGGGUUUGUCCACAGCCCACUGCUGAGGAAGAGGAAGAGAGUGAGUAAAGCUCUGGUGCACAUCACUGAUUGGUAUCCCACACUGGUGGCAUUAGCAGGGGGAAACAAAUCCCUGACUGAGGGGGUGGAUGGGUUUGAUAUUUGGGAAGCGAUCAGUGAGGACAAGGAGUCGCCCCGAUUUGAGAUCUUGCAUAAUAUCGACCCUUUGUAUAACCAUGCACGCAGUGGCUCCUUACAGAGGGGCUUUGGGAUUUGGAAUACAGCCAUUCAGGCCUCCAUAAGAGUUGGAGACUGGAAACUGCUCACAGGAGACCCUGGCUACGGAGACUGGACUCCACCACAGAUGCUUCCUGGUUUCCCUGGUGGUUGGUGGAACCUGGAGCGACACACCGAGCCCCAGAAAUCAGUCUGGCUUUUCAACAUCUCUGAAGACCCCUAUGAACGAUAUGAUCUUUCUGAACAGAGACCUGAUGUUGUGAAAGCGCUGCUGGCCAGACUGGUCUACCACAAUCGCACUGCGGUACCAGUGCGGUACCCGUCAGAGGACCCACGGGCGGACCCUAACCUGAACGGAGGUGUGUGGGUGCCCUGGGUGGGAGAUGAGGAGGAGGACCGCUGGGACAACAUCUACCAGAAGAAGAACAAGGACUGGAGGAAGAAGCUGAAACUGUCCCAAAGCAGGUCAUUUUUCAGGAGACUGAACGCUAGAAUCAUGUCCAACAGGAUAUAGAGAGGACAUUGGAGAAACUGCUUUUACAUGAUGGAUAAGUUGCUUGUUGCUGGGACUUUUUGAUGGCCUUUGUUUUUGAUGCACAAAGGCCUGGGUUUUUACAUUGCUGUGACUGGAGGUGCACAUGUUGAUCGCUAAAAGAAAUGAUCACAUAAAACCAGUCCAGUAUGAGAUUAUAGACUUAAAACUAGUCUAUUAUAAUAACUAUGAGUCUUCCUGAAAGUGACUUUGACAAUACAUUUAGUUCUGUGUGAUAAAAGUAUGAGAGCAAGUGUCCACUGUUACCAGAUGAGGAGACUGUCUUCCCAGAAAUAAGAGACACCUUCAGGACAGGGUUGUUAAAUAAAAGAAAAAUCACUAUAUUUGACAAGGAUAUCAAGGAAAAAUGUUCAGCAACUAUACUGAGCAUACUACAUGAUUACUACCUCUGUUAAUAAUGUGAAGCUUCAUUUCUAUCACUCAAUCUACAUCUCUUUCCUUUUACUGACGAACCUAAUUUCAUAUAAAGGAUGUGUUUUUUUUUUUUUUUUAUCCUGUCAGAAAAGCCUUCUUCAGAUUAAAGUGAAUGCUGGGUUACGUUGUGUAUUUGAGUCUAUUUAUUGUAAUCACAUGUACAUAUUUGCUAAAACAGUUGAUAUUCUUGACAUUAGGAGAGUGUUUUCAUUUUUCCUUAUGAUAGUAAAGACAGACAUGAAUCAA